AUGGCCACAGGAGCUACAGGAUACAAGAACGUUGCCUACUUUGUCAAUUGGGCUAUCUAUGGGCGAAACCACCAUCCACAGGACCUCCCUGGGAAUGAGAUUACACAUGUACUCUACGCUUUUGCUAAUGUUCGCCCUGAGUCGGGCGAGGUAUAUUUGACUGAUACUUGGGCCGACACUGACAAGCACUAUCCCAACGACUCUUGGAAUGAUGUCGGCACCAACGUCUAUGGCUGUGCUAAGCAACUCUUCCUCCUCAAGAAGCAGAACCGCAAGAUGAAGGUCUUGCUUUCCAUUGGUGGCUGGACCUACUCUGCGAAUUUCCCCCAGGCCGCUGCUACAGAGCAGGGUCGUGCCAAGUUUGCAAGCAGCGCCGUUGACAUUUUGGCCAACCUCGGAUUCGACGGCCUCGACAUUGACUGGGAGUACCCCUCUGACGAAACCCAAGCCCAAAAUAUGGUUCUCCUCCUUGCCGCCACCCGCUCAGCCCUCGACGCCUAUGCGGCCCAAAACGCCCCAGGCCAACACUUUCUCCUGACCAUUGCAUCCCCCGCCGGCCCACAAAACUACAACAAGAUGAAACUCGCGGCCAUGGACCGCUAUCUCGACUUCUGGAACCUCAUGGCCUACGACUACGCCGGCUCAUGGGACGCAAACGCAGGACACCAGGCAAACUGGUACCCAUCCACCGACAACCCGACCAGCACGCCCUUUAGCACCCAAAAGGCAUUGGAUGAUUAUAUUGCCGCCGGCGUCCCGGCCAACAAAAUCGUAGUCGGCAUGCCACUCUAUGGCCGCGCGUUCACGGCUACCGAUGGGCCGGGCAAACCCUUUCAGGGCGUCGGACAGGGCAGCUGGGAGAAUGGCGUGUGGGAUUACAAGGCGUUGCCGUUGAAUGGGGCGAAGGAGGUGCAGGAUGACAGGCUUGUGGCGAGCUGGAGUUAUGACGACGCGGCGCGGACCAUGGUGAGCUAUGAUACUGUAGGGACUGUGGCGAGGAAGGCCGGGUUGAUUAGGGAUAUGGGAUUGGCUGGAGGGAUGUGGUGGGAGAGUAGUGCGGAUCGCAAGGGUGACGGAAGUUUGAUUUCUACAUUUGUCAAUUCCGUAGGCGGUGUCGGCGCCCUCGAUCAAAGUUCCAAUGUCCUGGCGUUCCCGGCAUCCAAGUAUGAUAACCUCAGGGCUGGAUUCCCGAAUAACUGA